UGCCGUCGAGUUAUCAUGCGCUCGCUGCCCGUUUCCGAGAUGAUAAGAUUCGGGAUAGAGUGUGCUGAGGAGGAUUGAUACAUCGUCUUUGUUUCUGCUCUACUCUCAAGACGAAUUGAUCGAUUACGUCGAAGACUCCAGCGAUACCGAGCUCGAGGAUGAGCACAGACUAUCGAUAGGGCCCUGCCACAGCCGCACCCGAGUGUCUUGGAAGACGCCUGAGCAGGAACUCGGCUGGUUUACUCGCCUUCACCCGUCAGCAUGCUGUGCACCCGCCUGUUAGCGCUUUUGGCUCUGCCACUGCUCGCGAUAUGUUUUUCGGAAGUCGACAAUACACAACUUAAUGCCAACAACCACGACAGAGAUCCGCGCGAUUUCGUGGCCGACCUCUUACGGAAACGAGUCACAAACACCACGACGACUACGACCACUUCAACGUCGACGACAUCAACCACGCAAUCAUCGUCAUCUUCUAUUACCAGCUCCUCCACCACUUCUAAGGACGAUACCAGCCCUACAACUACUUCCCCCACGACCAGCAAGAGCACCUCCAAGAGCACCUCCAAGAGCACCACUACCCAAGUCGUUGUACCCGUCACAUCGACAACCACAUCUAAGAGCACGACAAUCACCAAAACUACCUCUGCCCUGCAAUCCACUGCCGAGACAUCAGUAGUGGAGAAGACGACCACCACCAACGCGAAAGGCGCAGCAUCCACCAGCACAGCAACGAAACCCGCCACCGUAAUCAAAACCACAAACUCCAACGGCAAAGCAAGCACGCACACCUCCACCCUCUCCACCGUCAAAUUAACCCAACACGCCGCCGAAACCACGACCCUCCCUAACGGCCACUCCGUCAUCCUCAGCGGCUCCAAAAGCGGCGCCGUCGUCACCACCACAGACGACCACGGCAGCGUCGUCAUAGCGACCUACACCCCGCCUGUCCACGACGUCAGCGAAAUCGUCUACCAGACCACGCAUGUGGGCGGCCAUUUGACGACGCUCACGACGUACGUACCCGCGGGCAGCGCGUCGCCCGCUGCGGGCCGGGGUGGUAGUGGCGGGUCCUCGGGAGGUAAGGACCCGCAGCUUCAGUCUGGACAGGCGAAGACGACGGCGAAGUAUGGUGCGGAGCUGGCGGCGUUGCUGAGCAUUGCUUUUGGGUUUGCGGCGAUCUUGUAGGGAGCUGUGAUGUCGAACAUCGCAAAGGGAAUGCAUCUCGUGGUGUUUUGGCAUUUUAUAACGAUGUACAUGGCCGCUUAACUUAUACAUUGUCGUAACAGGAGACAGCCUCGCGCCAAAGAGCCAACUCGCGACUUGCUUGGCCCAAGCUUGUGAAGUUCGGCCAACUCUACCUCACUUGCUCGGAACUUGUGCCCUCACUCAACCCCAUAAGAACGGCAUAUCGGCACAAAUAGAACCAAUUGCCGACAGUGGACACCUUGGU